AUGGCGGAAUUUGUUGGGCCGAGGUUGUAUAGUUGCUGUAAUUGCAGAAACCAUGUUGCCCUUCAUGAUGAUGUCAUUUCUAAAGCCUUUCAGGGUAGAAAUGGUCGAGCCUUUCUGUUUUCACACGCAAUGAACAUUACAGUUGGGCCGAAAGAAAACAGACAACUCAUGACUGGUCUGCACACUGUUGCUGAUGUUUCCUGCUGCGACUGUCGUGAGGUGCUUGGUUGGAAGUACGAACGAGCCUACGAGGAAACGCAGAAGUACAAGGAAGGGAAAUUCAUACUUGAGAAAUCAAAAAUCGUCAAGGAAAACUGGUAG